AUUAUAGCUGUGUUUGGAAUCAUUGGAAUUGUUUACCAUUGCUAUAUGUGGUCCCGGCUCAAGAAUCGGGAGCACGAGAUCAAGAAAGUGGUGUCUGAGCCGCAGUCAAAAGUUUACGAACCAAUAUAUGUGAAGCCAAUGGUGAAGGCGACGAAGGAGUACGAGACCCAAGUGCUCGAGAUGUCUGUCCCUAUCGUCGACGACUCCAUCAGUUUCGGCGAAAACGAAAACAUUUACGAGAAAAUUGGACCAAAAAUAAAUGAUUUGAAUUACGCGUCCAGAAGUGAACUCAAAGUGAGUAACGAUUUGAUUAAUGGCAACACAUCCACGACACGCACCAGUAGUGCGCCAAAUAUGCCUAAGAAUCCACUAUAUUAUGAGAUACUGUAA